AUGUCUUUUCCGGGUCCCUUCGAUCUGAAUAUAUUCUGGUCUAGUGAUCGAUCAUGUUGGGGAUAUGGGGAGAAGUUAUUUACGCCCGAUGCAACAGUUCGUAUCGAUCGAGUGUGGAGUUUCUCUGAACUUGAUAAUUAUGUACACAGGCUGUUAGAAUCUGAGAACCAACAAAUACUUCAUCUGGAAUAUGUUUUAGUCUGCACAUAUGAGUACGGCAGAAGGGGGCAAGCGCCCAUAAGAGACGACGAGUCAAUGUCAUGGAUUUACCGAGGUGCCCAUUUGCGUCCAGCAUUGUACGUAGAGGUUGCAGAUGAACCUGUUCAAGAUGUUGGGGAAGGAACUACUGGUGGUCAGUAUGAGGGUGCAGGGAGUAGUGGUAUUGGUGGUACCAAUGAAGAUGACGAUGACACAGAAGAUGAUGUACAUGGGAACAGUGACGAGGAGUAUGUGCCAUCCGAUGAGUCUGAUGAUGAUUACAGUGACCAUGACGCAUCUUCAGUAGUAAUUUCUAUUUUUGACGACAUCAGUGACAUGGACAAGUCUGAACUGGAUGAGGAUUCUGAUGGGAUCACAAUGUGGGACGGUAAUUGGCAGACGGUUAGACAUGGUGUACAUUUUGCUAACAAGAAAGAGACUAACAAGUUGUUUCAGGAAAACAUAGAUGAAAUUGACAAAUGCCAUUCACCCCUCGCGACGAAUCCCAUGAAACGGUAUGAGGAUUACCGUAUACAUCAGAUGGGUCACGAGGUUACCAGAUUCAGCAAGAGGAAUCAGAAGUACCAAGUGGUCACGUACUCACCACCUGAUCGGCCAUGGAAGGGUGGAAAUAUCCAUGAGGUAAACUACGCCGCCAGGAUGUGCACAUGUAACAAGUGGCAGACAUACAGGUUUCCUUGUUCCCAUGCGCUUGCUGUUGCUAGGUAUCUACGUCAUGAUCCAUUACCACUUUUUGAUUCAUUUUAUAGUAGGGAACAAUGGGCUAUUCAGUUUUCUGGAGAAUUCAACCCAGUCCUUCAACCAUGGCCACAAGCGACGUGGCAUCUGAGGCCUGAUGAUACAUUACUCGUACACCAUGCUGGCCCAGGUCGGAAGCGUGUGAAUCGAAAGAAAGGACUUAUGGAUUAUACGAAAAAAUUUGGUAACAAGAGAGUUCAAGUUUGUGGUCGAUGUCAUCAAGAAGGCCAAAAUGCCAGUGCAUGCGUAGUUGAGAAAGUUUGCGCGCGAUGUGGAGGAUUUGAUCAUGAUACCUUCAACUGCGCAUUCUCACAUCCAUCUUCAGACAGGACUCCUUUGAAUCAUUCUUACGAUCGAUAUGGAAUGCAUGGUGUACCCCAUAUGCAGACUGAUGAUUCUGAUGAUCAAUCUGCAGAAUUCUGA